UGCUGGCUCCACGCGUUGUGUCUCGUCUACGAUGAAUGUCGUGGUGUUUUACCUCCCGCUAGGUCUCGGCGUGGCGGCGGUUGCUGCCGGGGGCAGUCUGGAGCGGAGACCGGCGAGUGGCGGCGGUGGUGGCGGCGUGCCCGAUGGGCAGGAGGCUGCGCCCAGCGUCGAGAACCACUGCAACCUGGUGAUCCUGGCCAUGGGCAGCAGGGACUCAGCGGAAGAAUACUGCGCUCUCAUCUGCCAAGUAUUCCGUAUCAUCUAUGGGGACCAGACGAUCGAGUGUGUGGACCGUUCUGGCAAGAAUUACACGUCGACCCCGGACAGACGCUGGUUAAUGGAGAGAAGUAACAGCGGGCAAACCACUGAGACCUACGGGUACGAGGCGGACUUCAGCUGCUGCAGUUCAUUCAAUGGAUCGCAGGACAUGUUCGACCCGUACUGUCGCGACAGCUCCUCGCCAUCAUGCCACGACUCGCAGUUGAGCCUGGGGACAGUGGGCAGCGAGAGUGACCAGAGUCACACCGGGGCCGAUCUGCUACAGGACUACAUGGCCACUCUGAGAACAAAGUUGUCCCCUGAAGAAAUCCAGCAGUUUGCGCUGCUGCUCCGAGACUAUCGCACGGGGGCCUCGGUUGAAGAUUACUGCGCAGAACUCCUGCAACUUUAUGGAGAGAAAAGAAAGUUCCUCCUUUUAGGAAUGCGAGCUUUCAUCCCCGAUCACGAUGCCAGCUACUUCGAGGGAUUUCUGGACACGAUUGGGAUUAAAGACGGGAGAGGGAUCCUGACGGAUAGCUUUGGAAGGAUUAAACGGAGCAUGAGCGACUCAUCCGCGUCUGCCGUCAGAUCGUACGACAGCUGGUCGGUGCCGACGGAUUCGGACGGUUUUGAAAGAAUAAUCUCGAACAUCACACACGACAUUGAAGCGUUGGGAUGUGACGCAGAGGACGAUUUAUUGUGACGGAUGUAUAACUACAUUUAGAAGACAUUCGGACAAGUCCAGGGACAGUUUAGUGUGAGUUUAGCUUCUGGUCACAUGUUCUGAGUGAGGUACAGUGAAAAGCUUUUGUUGCGUGCCAACCAUACAUGACAAAGAAAAAGACAAUACAUGAUUACAAUUUGAGCUUAGAGUUUAGAAAUGCAACGUGGAAACAGGCCCUUCGGCCCAUCGAGUCCAUGCCGACCAGCGAUCACCUGUUCACACUAGUUCUUCCCUACGCAGUGGGGACAAUUUUUCAGAAGCCCACAAACCUGCAACUGUGUUUGGGGUGUGGAAGGAAACCGGAGCACCCAGAGAAAACCCCCGCGGUCACAGGGAGAGCGUAGAAACUCCAUAAAGGCAGCAACCGUGGCCAGGAUCGAACACGGGUCUCUGGCCCUGUGAGGCAGCAACUCUACCCCUGCACCACCGUGCCCUGCAUGUAGAUAAUAAAUGUAGCAAUUUCACAGCCCAUCAUCAUAACUUUGCUUUGGAGAGGCCAAUAUCUCCAUGAAAUUUUGAACAGAUGAAUUUCAAAAGUCUGCAGUAAGCAUUCGCACUGGCGCACGGCCCCACAACGUGUCCAAGUUUAUACAAAAAGCUUUUUUUUUGCUAGGCUCUGCAAAAUUAUAGUUAUUAUGUAAAAAUAGUUUGCAUUUGAUUUCUGGAGUUGACGAAAGUUAAGAAAAAUGUACAAGGAUGUGAAUUAUAAAUGUUAUUUGGAAUGUGCCUGGCGAGAAAAUUGAAAAUAUUAUACAUAUUUUUAUGUUAAAAUAGGUGUAAUGAAAUGAAUGAUAUUGGUGAAUCUGUUCUGAAGGCAUAGGUGUGACAUCGUAAUAAUGUCAAUGUAAUAAUGACUCCUUUAUGGCACAAAGCACAGACAGAAUUACUGGUGAGAAAAUAAAAUCACAAACAAAUUAUAUCCCAUCAA